UAAGUCUAUGAAUGUAGCUGUUUUUUAUAAUUAAUAAAACACUCAUAGAUUUAAAAAUAUUAAUUUUAUGUAAUUUUUAUUGAUUUGUCUCCCAAAUCAGCAGAGUUUCUGUCACUUGGAAGACAAGGAUUCAUUGCUAAAUAGAGACCUUUUCAUAUGAGCUGAUUGGCAGUCCACCUGUCUUUAACAAACAAGUCCUCUAUCUACCACAUAGUCUGUGGUCUAGGAGAUAGGGUUGUGUCUCACAAUCCAACAGGAAAGAACAAGAGGUUAUCUCAAGUUUUCUUCUUUUUCUGUCGUCAAAGGUGUGCAGGUAACAGGUCCACAGGACAGACAGUCUGCUGCCUCUAUGUCCGUGGUGGGCUUGCUGCCCUGGGUACUCUGAUUAGUAGCAGAUUGUUCAGGGUGCUCCUCUGUUGAGUAUUUGGGAAGACAGCUCCUUCUGAGUUGAUUAGAGCGAUGAAUAGAAAUGUGAAUUUGGGGCAGGGAGGAGGAAUGAGAGGAGUAACUGUAUUUCUUCAGAACCCUUCUUAACAAUCAGUAGUAAAAUGUGAUAAAUACUGAAUUUAAAGUUUCUAAGUUCCUGAAGCCAGCAUGUUGAAUUGUCCCAUCUCUUUGGUACACACACACACACACACACACACACACACACACACACACACACGUACUCAAGCUAUAAGGAAUCUUUGAAGCCAGACAGUUUACAACUUUUUCAAACUUUGCCUUUGUGCCUUCAAGGAUCAAAUCCAUAGAAUCAAAAUAUGAGGUCAUGAAAAUGCCACAGAUGUUAAGGCUGCGGCCUGACAGCAUAGGCCAGUGCUUGUACUGCCAGAGACUCAGGAAAUGUGCACAGCUUAUCUAUGUUAGCAUAUGAAUACAGUAUUUAGUGGGGACACUGAAAGUGUAGUUUUCUUAAAUAGCAUUCGCUCAGUCAGUUAUGUGUUUAGAAAAAUGGACACACUCCAGAGAAGGUUUCAAAAGCAUAUGAUGAUGUCAGUUCUGUUGCAGGGCCACCCUGAGUUGCCUGUCUCUUUUGAAGUUGACUCACAAAUAAAAUUCUAGAACUAUUGAUCUUAUAGUUGAAAGGAAGGCUGUAAACCAUUCACUUUAGAUUUUUGGCAUUUCUAAUGGUAGCGUUAUCUAUGAGUAGAAUCUAGUUGCUGCUCUUAUAAUCUAACAUGGAAGACAGUGCCUGAGCAAAUGCGUGUUUCUGAGAAUGAGGUUCUGGAAAUAGAGCCCUUGGAAUCUGUGUGCACCACAGGCUGGGCACGCGGGGCAGUCCCUCCACCUCCCUGAGGAGGUGCUGCUGGGAUGGUGAAUGGCCGGCCACACUGAGAUGCUUCCUGGGUGCAUGUGCUCUGUGUGCUGCUGGCGGCUGUGUCAAAUACAUCCUGCCUCAGCCUUAGCUGAGGGGCAUGUGGCAGGAGCUGGGGUAUUGGAAGCAGAGCAGUUAGGAAUUUAAGUGGGUUUUGAUCCGAGUGUGUCACUGUGUUAUCUGACCUGAGGUGCGCCUGCUCUAGACCAGGGUAAAGGUCUUUCCUCAUGAUACACCAGUGUCCUUCAGUUCCCUCGCUGUUCUGCUUUGAACUGGAACUUUCGAACACUGAUAGCCUUCCCUUUGUUCCCUGCAUCCUGCUCUGUCUCCAGGCUGGGCACACCUUGCUUUGUGUUUCUCGAUUCUGCCCUGGCCUGCUGUCCUGCUGAGCGCUGGUAGGCCAAGCUGCACUUGGCUACUUGAGAUGCAUCUUCUUGUCCCCUCUAUCUGUCCCCAGGCAUCAGAGUGCCCAGCACACUGAUAGGACUUAAUAAAUGCUUGUGGAAUAAGUAAAUGAAGGUUUUGUUUUUCAUUUUAUUUUUAUAGAUUGUAUGUGUGUAUGUGUAUGCAAAUGAAGUAUUCGGUGAUUGAUUUCUGUGUAUUCCAACUUGUGUUCUCUUAGGAAAAUAUGUUUUAGAGGUUAUUAAAACCACUAUUUAAGGUUGCCUCAUCCUUUUUCAGUUACAUCCUUAUUUUCAAACAACCAGAUAUUUAAUAAUAAUGUACAGAAAUUUAUAUUUUUGUUGUAAUAUGUGGAUUAAAACACAUUCUAAUGUGACUACUAGAUGCCCAUCCGUUAUUAAUGUGAUGUGUGUUUGGGACCCUGCCACUGUGAUUCUAUAGCCAUACAAAGCAGACACCAGUGUUACCUCUUUAAAUACAUAUCCAAGACUCGAACUUAAACAGCUUAAAUACAAAGUGUUAAAGCUGAAGGGGUUUCUGAUCAUUUGUCAUUCCUGUGCGAUUCUUACUAGAUAACUGACUAGUUAUUUUAAAAAGCAAUUAAAAAUAACGUGACUUUUCUAAAUAAAUGCCAAGCUCCAAAGGAGGCUGUGUGUAUUGGAUACGGUUGGUUUGGGGUCAUUGUAAUGGAUGGUCAAGGGCCAUCCAUUGUUUCCUUCUCUGUAGCCAAAUUGCUGGCUUUCUAAUCUUAAAGGACUCUUAUCUGGGAGCCCAGAUACGUAGGGUCUUGCUGAGAUACUGAAUUGGGAAUCAGGACUCAGCAGAACACAGUCGUCUUUAGAUCUCAUAUCAGGUUACGUAAGAGGUCAGACAAAUGGAUUUUUAAUUCUAAUUUUCCGAAGUUCACAAAGGUGUUGUAAAACACAGACGGAGGAGUGCGCGGCUGUUACUUUAAGAAGGAAAUGAAGUCUGGAGGGAAGGCGGCUGUUGUGACUGCUGACAUCUGUGGCCUCCUUUCAUUUGCGUAAGAGGUGGACUGGCUUCUCUGUGGCUGCGGUUGCCAUGGAGAGGUAGUGGGGGAGGACUCCCAGGACUGCAGCCUGCCAGCCAGUGAGCCACAGAGCUGCUUCUAAGAGUGACUUGAAGGGCUGGGAGCUCAGGUGUGUCAGCACACAGAUAAUGAGGAUGGCUGCCCUGCCAAGGCUGACAAAAUUGAAGAAGCACAAAAAGAGCUUAAUGGGGCAGAAGUUUCCAAAAAAGAAAUCUUAGAGGCUGGUGUUAAAGGAGCUUCUGAGUCUCUUAAAGGUGUGAAACGAAAAAAGAUUGUUGCCGAGAAUCACCUGAAAAAAAUACCGAAAUCCCCCCUGAGAAAUCCUCUUCAGACAAAACACAAGCAGAACACAGAAGAGCCGUUGUUCAGUGCUCUCCAGAGCGCACCGGAGUCUCACAAGAAACACAACUGUGUCCCUGUUAAACAGGGGAGGCAAUUUACCAAGCAAAAUGGAGAAACACCGGGGAUGACUGUUGAGGCCUCAGAAUCUGGAGAUUCGGUCUCCCCCAAAAAAGCCUCAUCUCCCCACCACAGGUCAGAACUGCGGAGAUGGAGAUCUGAGGGCUCAGACCCAGCCAGGCUCAGCGGCCUUGAUGGACAGCGGGACUCCAGCUCCUCCUCCAGUAAAACCAGGACUGACAAUAGUGAAUGUAGCUCUCCGUGCUGUAGCACCACACCCCCCUCCUACACAAGCACCGCGUUCGAUGUCUUACUGAAAGCAAUGGAGCCAGAAUUGAGCACCUUGUCACAAAAGGGCUCGUCUUGUGCAGUUAAGACAGAGAAACCGAGACCAAAUAGAACUGUCAGAUCCCCUUCUAAGUUAAAGAACAGCUCCUUAGAUGCCCCCAAUCCUGCGUCUCCAGAGUUGGUUGCCGAAUCGCAGUGUUCUCCGUGUACCUCAUACCCAGUACCUGUGGCCUCCACUCAGAAGAGUGAGCAAGUGGCAGCUCAGCGUGUCUCUCACCUGCACAGCCAAUACGACCACCUUGUUCCCAAACCUGGCCAACAGAAUCCGCAGCUUCCGGGGCAUCUGGGCUUAGCAGGAUCACUGACGAACCCGCACACCCAUGAGAACACCAAACUUGAGCCGAUCUAUAAUAUAGCAAUGACAUCCACUGUAGGUCUCGCUUCUCCCUCCAGUCGAACUCAGGUCACUCCUCCACACCAGCAAAUGGAUUCUGUGUCACCUUCCUCAGUAAGCCCUGCCACUUCCACACAGUCACCCCCAGGGCCAAUUUACAGCUCAACCCAUGUUGCUUCUGUUGUCAGUCAAAGUGUUGAACAAAUGUGCAAUCUUCUUCUGCGAGAUCAAAAGCCCAAAAAACAAGGCAAAUAUAUCUGUGAGUAUUGCAAUAGGGCAUGUGCAAAGCCCAGCGUGCUUUUAAAGCAUAUCCGUUCCCACACUGGAGAGCGGCCCUACCCCUGUGUGACUUGUGGGUUUUCGUUUAAGACUAAAAGUAAUCUGUAUAAGCACAAGAAAUCCCACGCACACACUAUCAAACUGGGUCUUGUCUUACAACCAGAGGCUGGUGGUUUGUUCUUGUCCCAAGAGUGCCCCAAAGCACUUAGUGUCCAUUCGGAUAUUGAAGACAGUGGGGAGAGUGAUGAAGAGGGGCCUGGAGAUGGGAGACAGAAUGACCCAAGUGUCAGGGACCUUCAGCCUGUGCAAAUAAUGAAGAUGCCAUCAGAUCCCGAAGCUUUACCCAAAUCGAUUGCAAGCCGUGCAGAUCAUGUGGUCAGUGGCUUCUCUUCACAGGACAGACCUUCAGAGUCACAAGCCCUGACAGAGUUACCAAAAGUUGUGGUCCACCCAGUAAGCAUGUCCCCCUUAAAAACUGACAGUGUGCAGGUGGCCAGUCCCAAGCCUGAACUCCCUAGCACACAGAGCCAGAAGGACCUUCAUGCUGCAAGCAGACUGUCACAUUCAGCUGGUGUGUCAUCCCUAGAGACAGAUGAGACGUGCCAUCAGAAAGGGGAUGUGACUCUGUCAGAAGGGAAGCCAGAGCCUCACAGUGGAGCAGCUCAUGCGCAGCUCCAAAGGCAGCAGGCCACAGACGACCCCCAGGAACAGCAGGGAAAGCUGCUUCUGAGCCCACGGAGCUUAGGAAGUACAGAUUCUGGCUACUUUUCACGUUCUGAAAGUGCUGAUCAAGCCAUGAGUCCUCCAACUCCGUUUGCCAGAACUUUUCCCACCACAGACCCAGACCCAGCUAAGAACAGUGGGCCCGCAGGGCCUCGAAUCAGCGCUCCAGCACCUGCUGCUUUGGCCCCCGGAGAGAAGUCAUCAGUUGUAGCAGGCCAGAUGCGCCCACCCUUGGCAACCAAAACUCUGGAGGAAAGGAUUUCCAAGCUGAUCUCAGACAAUGAAGCCUUGGUUGAUGAUAAGCAACUGGAUAGCGUGAAGCCCCGGAGAACCUCGCUUUCUAGACGGGGAAGCAUCGACUCCCCCAAGUCAUACAUAUUCAAAGAUUCUUUCCAGUUCGACCUGAAGCCAAUGGGACGGAGAACAAGUUCCAGCUCUGAUAUACCAAAGUCCCCAUUCACCCCGACCGAGAAGUCAAAGCAGGUGUUCCUCCUGUCUGUCCCUUCCCUGGACUGUCUGCCUAUCACGAGAAGUAACUCCAUGCCAACCACGGGAUAUUCAGCAGUCCCUGCAAACAUAAUUCCUCCCCCUCCCCCUCUGAGAGGAAGCCAGUCAUUUGAUGAUAAAAUUGGCACCUUCUAUGAUGAUGUCUUUGUGUCGGGACCCAACCCAUCCAUGCCCCCAAGUGGACAUCACCGUCCCCUGGUCAGACAGGCGGCAGUGGAAGACUCGACGGCCAGUGAGAAUCACGUUCUGGGCUCUGGGCAGUCUGUGGAUGAGAGCUGUCAAGGGUGCCCAGCCUCCAGUGAGCCUGGGCCAGUGCAGAGCAAAGCAGCGAACACCCCUCACCUAGAGAAGAAGAAGUCACAUCAAGGACGAGGGACCAUGUUUGAGUGUGAAACCUGUCGAAACAGGUACCGGAAACUGGAGAAUUUCGAGAAUCAUAAGAAAUUUUACUGUUCAGAGUUACAUGGGCCCAAAACGAAGGUGGCUGCGAGAGAGCCUGAGCACGGCCUGGCACCUGGUGGGGUGCAACCCCAGGUUCUCCACUACAGAGUUGCCGCUCCCACGGCUGUGUGGGAGCAGACACCCCAGAUAAGAAAGAGGAGGAAAAUGAAAAGCGUAGGCGAUGAUGAGGACCUGCAGCCUCGGGAGAGCGGGCGGUCCCCAGAAAGCGCAGAAGCCCUCCAGCUGCAGCCAGUUCCAGGGUCUGCUCCCAGUCCGUCCAAACAAGCCCCUGCCACAGCAGGUGACCAGGCACACAGGGGCGUCCAGCUGCAGAGCUCGCCUGUUCAGCUUGUGGCCAGGGUCCCUGAACAGGCCUUGCCCCUGAAGCAAUGCCCCGUGGUUGAACAGCAGCUGAAUUCCGCAACUCAGGACAGGAUCGAGGUGCAGAGACAAGCGGGUGGCAUCUCAGUCAUCCAGCACACCAACUCCCUGAGCAGGCCCAGUUCAUUCGACAAGCUGGAGCCCUUGGAAGGAGGCACCGCCUUCUCUUUACAGGAAUUAGGCAGAGCUGGGAUGCCUGGGGCCCUGAAAGUGAUAGGGAUGCCCCCAGAGGAAGGUCACCCACCUCGGGAUGCCACACAUCAGAUAGCACUGUCACGGGAAAGUGCUAGAAAGAUUCCCAGUGAGCGCUUUGUGUUAGGGCAGCCCUUGAGACUUGUCCGGCAGCACAACAUCCAGGUCCCAGAAAUUCUGGUCACUGAAGAGCCAGACCGGGACCUAGAAGCCCAGAGUCAUGACGAAGAAAAGUCAGAGAAAUUUACUUGGCCUCAGCGCAGUGAGACCUUAUCAAAGCUGCCGACAGAGAAGCUGCCACCCAAAAAGAAAAGGCUCCGGCUGGCUGAGAUAGAGCACUCCUCAACCGAGUCAAGCUUCGAGUCCACACUCUCCCGGAGUCUCAGCAGAGAAAGCAGCUUGUCCCAUGCAUCCAGCUUCUCCGCCUCCCUAGAUGUAGAAGACAUUUCUAAAGUAGAGCUGUCCCCCAAAACUGACUUUCCAAGCAAAGCUGAGUUUCUUUUUAUUCCGCUGGGUUCAAACACACUGAGUGUCCCUGGGAGUCACAGGGAGAUGAGGCGGGCGGCAUCCGAGCAGAUCAGUUGCGUGCCCACACUGAUGGAGGUCUCUGAUUUCCGAAGUAAGUCAUUCGACUGCGGGAGCAUUGCUCCUUCCCAUGUGGUGCCAGCACUUGUUGAGCCUCAGCCCUCCAACUCCCCAUCUGGUGUUGGGGGCACUGGGCAUGUGCCCCUUCUAGAAAGGAGGCGAGGUCCCCUGACCCGGCAGAUAUCUUUGAACAUAGCUUCGGAUAGCCCCCUGUCUCCUGGCAGUGUAUCAGCUCUCCAGACUAUUGUUCUCCCUGGUGUGAAUGCAAUCCCACUGCAGGCCCUGAGGCCUCCUGAUGUGGCUUCUGCUGACCUUCCUGCACACACUGUGCCCUCCCAGGCCCUGGCUAAGGAUUUACAGGCAGAAAUGUCAAGUUGUAGCUCUACUGACACCUUUCCUCCUCAACAACUUUUUGGUGCCCAUUUAUUAAAUAAAACCAACAUGCCCCUUAGUCACCAAAACACACCACUGCCUCUGCCAGUGUCUGUGCAGGGUGGCAAGCCAGGUGCACCUCCCCCUGCAGGUACGUCUUCUACAGGCGACGGUAGCUUUGCUCCCAAGUACCAGCUUCAGUGUCAAGCAUUCACGUCAGGCCGGGGUUGCUCUUCUAGUCCUUUGCAUUCUUUACCUAAUCCAGUUCUUCCGGAUCAAACUGCAGCUGAUCCCUGCACAGCCUCAGUAGCACUGUCAGCCAAAGCAGUCGAUCCUGUGUCUAAAUCCUACCCUCUGCCAUCGCUGGAGCUUGGGCUACCGAGUGAUCAGGUGCAGAAGCGAUUGCCUUCCUUUGUGCUGCCUGUGCUCCAGCCGAGGGAUGUCCCAGUGUACUGUCUCUCUACUGUCACAUCUCUGCCGCAGAUCUUAGUGACCCACGAUCUGUCCAACACGCCAAUUUGCCAAACUAAUCAAAGUAUAGUGCCAGUCAGUGAAGAACAAAAUCCCAUGCCAAAAUCACAGAACUAUCUCCAGAAUGCAUUGCCAACACCGGAGAAGGAUCUUGCGUGCAAAACUGUUCUCUCAGAGAUGGGCCAAAACGCUCCAGUUUCAGAAUCCUCGGCGACAGUUCAGAAAGUGUCUGCUGGUAGACUCUCCCCACAACAAGAAUCCUCAGCCUCGAGUAAAAGGAUGCUUUCCCCAGCAAACAGUUUAGACAUUGCCAUGGAAAAGCAUCAGAAACGAGCUAAAGAUGAGAACGGAGCUGUUUGUAGCACAAACAUUAGACCAUUGGAGCUGCCAAGCUCAAGAGCUAAUGAGGGCCAUAAGCAGAAGAAGCCAGUGCUGGUACGGCAGCUCUGCACUGUGGAACCCCUGGAAGGAACGGCACUAGAGCAGGACCCUGGUUCUGCCUCUGGAAAGAGCAGCAGGAAUGCUGACUCAACUCAGGUUUUAUCAACCGAUAGUCUGUCAUCCAGACACUCUAUGUUUGCAGUCCCAGACCAUGUCAGUGAAUUCCAGGAGUUUAAAAAUACCAAGUUGUCCACGUCACUGACUCCUACAGUGGGAAGUUCACACAUCCCAUUGGAAAGUGCCUGUGUUUUGCCUUUGAAAUCUAGAGACGACAACCAGGAAAAGGGGUCAUCAGGGGUUCAAAAUGAAGAGAACAAAGUCAUCCAAGGGCAAAGGCAGCCUCCAAUCCCUGGUCUCUCAGUGUUGAGCAGCUCAGACACUCAGCAGCCAUCUUUCCCCAGCCUCAAGACUGCAACUAGCUUUACAUGGUGUUACCUGCUGAGACAGAAGUCAUUGCCCUUGGCUCAGAGUGACCAGAAAACGUCAGCCUAUGCGGGGUGGACAGUGAGCCCCAGUAACCCCAAUCCACUCGGUUUGCCCACAAAAGUUGCUCUUUCUCUUCUGAAUUCUAAACAGAAGACAGGAAAGUCACUGUAUUGCCAAGCAAUAACCACCCAUUCAAAGUCAGAUUUAGUGGUCUAUUCAAGCAAGUGGAAAAACAACUUAAGCAAGAGAGCAUUAGGUAAUCAAAAGGCCACAAUAGUUGAAUUCAGCAAUAAAGAUGACUCUGAAAUUAACAGUGAGCAAGAUAAAGAAAAUUCCUUAAUCAAAAGUGAACCAAGAAGAAUUAAAAUAUUUGAUGGAGGGUACAAGUCAAAUGAGGACUAUGUAUAUGUCCGAGGCAGGGGCAGAGGAAAGUACAUUUGUGAAGAAUGUGGAAUCCGUUGUAAGAAACCCAGUAUGUUAAAGAAGCACAUCCGAACCCACACUGAUGUUCGCCCCUACCAUUGCACUUACUGCAACUUCUCCUUCAAGACCAAAGGAAAUCUGACAAAACACAUGAAGUCCAAGGCACAUAGCAAGAAGUGUGUGGAUUUAGGCAUCUCAGUGGGCUUGAUAGAUGAGCAGGACACAGAAGAAUCAGACGAAAAGCAAAGAUUCGGUUGCGAGCGGUCUGGCUUUGAUCUUGAAGAAUCUGAUGGCCCAGAUGAGGAUGAUAAUGACAACGAAGAGGAUGAUGACGAUAGCCAGGCAGAGUCCGGCCUCUCAGCAGCACCGUCAGUCACAGCGAGCCCACAGCAUCUCCCAUCCAGAAGCGGCCUUCAGGAUCCUGGGAGUGUAGAGGAGGACCUUAGAGUUUCCAGCUGCUUCUCAGGGGUACACACUGACCCAAUGGACAUUCUGCCUAGAGCAUUACUCACCAAGAUGACUGUUCUGAGCACGGUGCAGAUUGACCCUAACAGGACAGACUUAACAGCAAAGGCCAGGCAGAAUACUGGGAAAGAUGAGCUUGAACUGGCUCCUCCUGUAGACACUCCCAUCUCCCCAGAAGUUACCCCCAGGUCUCCCGGCCAUCAGAUGUCUGUGCAUUACUCUGAAUCUGAUGCUCUGAGAAGCCCUGCAGCUGGAAACACUGUUGCUUCAAUACAGGAUUCACCAUCUGUGGGACUGCCUCCUGCUACUAUAGCCCAGCUCAACCCUCAGCCAGCAGCCAGGAUUUCUUCCUCAGUCUCACCUCACCCUGAGAGUCAAGAACCGAAGCAGCAAAUAACCUUGCAACCGUCUCCAGGCUUGCCUUCCCCUCAGACACAUUUGUUCAGCCAUCUCCCCUUGCAUUCCCAGCAGCAAUCAAGGACCCCAUACAACAUGGUUCCCGUAGGGGGUAUCCAUGUGGUGCCGGCCGGUCUCACCUACUCCACUUUUGUACCCAUUCAGGCCGGGCCAAUGCAACUGACCAUCCCUGCUGUGAGCGUUAUUCACAGAACCGUGGGCACCCCUGUGGAUACCAUCACUGAAGUUUCUGGCGCUACUAAUCGCCCUACCGGAGUGGCUGAAUUGAGCAGUGUUGUGCCAUGUAUUCCCAUCGGCCAAAUCCACGUGCCAGGCCUGCAGAACCUAAGUCCCCCAGCCUUGCAGUCGCUCUCGUCCCUGGGAAUGGAAACAGUCAAUAUCGUGGGCCUGGCCAACGCUACCGUGGGUCCGCAGGUGCACCCCCCAGGCCUGGCCCUCAACGCAGUAGGGCUCCAGGUUCUGGCCAACGCUCCUGCACAGAGCAGUCCCGCCACACAGACACACAUUCCAGGUCUCCAAAUCCUCAACAUCGCCUUGCCCACCCUGAUCCCCUCUGUUGGCCCCGUGGCUGUGGGCACCGCGGGGACUCCAGAAACUGCCACUUCCAACAGCAAAACAGUGGAGCCGCAGACGCCCGCAGGCCAGGGACACAGUGCCGAGCCUCCACAGAGGUUGCCCGAAGGCCCUCAGGAAACCCCACAAACAGUGCCCGGUCCCUCAGUUGACCAUGCAAGGCCUGACGGCUCAAGCAAAAUGGACACCAAGAAGGUGGCUUCUGCGAGUCACGUGUUGCCUGGGCGUUCCUCUGCGCAGGCGCAGCCGGCACCCAUACCGGAAGCUUUACAGAAGAUUGUAGCUUCAGGCCCAACAUCACUUCCCACAGACAGACCGGCUCCCAGGCCCCCAGUGCCCCACAGGCAGCCCAUUGUGCACUUCAGCGACGUGAGCAGCGAUGAUGAUGAGGACAGACUUGUCAUAGCAACCUAGUGGUUUGUUUUUUAUUGAUUUUUUUAAUAGCAGGUUUUUUUGAAAAACCCUCCUUUCCUUAAAGCACAUUUUUUCUGACGUAAACUCAUGACUAAUCUUUGUGCAAUCAUGAACUUUUGACCAAUAAUUGUUUUUUUGUGUUAGCUCCAGCCAUUUUUGUACAUGUUGUAUAGACAAUUGUGCCUUUUAGGAGUUUUAUGUUUAGAAUCUGUACAGAUGGUUGAAUAUCUAUAUACAUACAAUAUGUUAUAUAUGUAUAUGAAAACCAGGUAGUUGUGUUUAGUAGAAACUUGUCAAAUAAAUCAGAUGAUUAAAUGAUAUGUUGCACUGUUAAAUAUAAAUUUUUAUGGCUGUGGGGCAGUUUCUGUGUAUAAAUUAGUAUGUAAACCUCAUAUUUAUUGUAUUCAUAUUAGUCUUUGCAAAUGGAUCUGUCAUUGUGUAAGACAGUAACUGUAUACUUCAGGCAGAUUUUCUGUGUUAUGAACUGUUUCAGUAAAAUACUGUUCACAGAC